AAUGCAUUGUGGGUCUGCUUUUGACUGUUGUUUGUAAGACGUUAACGUCCACUAGCAUCAGGUAGUGAAACAUCAACGCUCCGUGUAAAAGUCUCAUUUUAACUUUUGACAACACACCUGCUCAUAGUAUAUGCUCAUGGCUCUGCUCUGCUGAUGUCUGGGUUUCUGGAAAUAAAACACAUUGGGAAGGCUUUUUAGCAACAGAAGAUGGAUUCCACUAAAGCAGAAGCCUCAUCCCCCAGUAAAAGACAAGAAGACAUUGCACCAAGCACUUCAGGUGCAUCAAGCAAGGGUGAAUCUAGGUUGUCAAAGAAGUCAUCAUUAAAGAGGAGAAGAGGUGAACAAAAAAAUGCAAAAGCGAAGAAGAGAAAAAAGGCCAGGGUCGCCAGGUCCUCCCAGGUUGGCUACACCGUGCACCAAGGGGAAGAUAUGCUUCUAGUCAUUUCAAGCACUACUUCGCAUUAUAGUGACUCCGCUUGGACUCUCCAAAAGAAAGGAAGAAAAAAGAAGUCACUAUCUAAAGGAAAGUUAAAAGCCAAGCACAGUAAUAAAAAGAAGGCUGUGCCUGCUAAGUCAAGAUCAGAGAAUAAUGCAAUUGUUAAAACAGCAGAGGAAACCACAGUGUUUGUGCCACAGAAAACAGCAGAUAACAGAUGGGGUGUAAGUGUUCCUGAAGAGGUGCUAAGCAAUAUUUUUCAGAUGGUGGUCGUCCAAGAUGGUGCUGUACCAUUUUUGUGCAGGGUGGGAAGAGUCUGUCGUCUGUGGAACGCAGCUGCAUCUAGUCCAGUUCUGUGGCGUAAAGUAACUAUAAGUCACUGCUGGAUUGCACCAGGAAAGAAGCAGCUGCCCACAACUCAGCACAAGAUCAAGGACACUAUAAACUGGCUGGCACAAAGCAGGUUCUCCCAACUACGUGAAUUCUCCCUCUGUCACUGGAAGGAUAAUGUUAAUUAUGCUGUAGAGAUGGUGUCACACCUCUGCCCUCACCUUCGCUCCCUCUCGCUGUCUUACUGCACAGGCCUGACUACGAGAGCCUUCGACAGCCUUGGUCUACACAGCCGUUCUCUGCAGAGCAUAAAUCUCCAGUAUUCUGAGUUCCAGGUUGAGGGACUCCUGGAGUACCUUGAGAAUCAUGGGAGUCAGAUCAAGCAAAUUUGGUUCACUCAGGGACUAAAGAAUGACAGACUUCUGGCCACCAUAUCUAGGGGACACUGCCCUCAUUUGGAGUUGUUGGAGGUCAACACAAAGCUUGACAGUAAGGACUGUGAACUCUCUGUGUGCAUCCAGGCACUACAGAUGGCAUGUCCUAAAUUAAAGACCUUCCGGAUGCUGAAUGUCAGACCUCUUCAUAAAUCAAUGCGUAAUGCUGCUGAUUCAGCAUCAGGUUUUCCAUUACUGGAGGAGCUUUGUAUCGCUACCACAUCUUACUCUUACAUGACCGACAAAGAUUUGUGGGACAUUCUCUUCAAUUCCACCAAGUUGCGGGUGCUGGACCUGCGAGGCUGUUCGCGAAUAACACCUUCCGGUCUCGCUUCAAUACCAUGUCUCGAGCUCGAGUGUCUGUUUUGGGGACUGUAUUUCAGCAGUCACAUUGGGUCAUCAUCUCCAAAGAAGGGGCUUCACAUGGUGACCCACAAGUGGAAUCAGACAUUGCAACAGCUUGAUGUUGCAAAUCAGCUCUUCACUGAGGAGGACUUAGAGAUAGCAAUGAGUUUCCUUGCUCAGGCAAAAGAAGCUGAUACCCUGCGUUCUCUCAACCUGAGUGGGACAAGGAUCACGCCACCAGCCCUCAGGUCAGUCAUAGGCCAUACAACUGCUCUUACCUACCUCAACCUUUCAUCUUGCCGUUAUCUUCCAAGAGGAGUGAAGAGAAUUUACCGUGGCCAAGAGGAGAUUCACCAGCUGUUGGACAUAUUGAACUAGGUUUUCUACUCAUUUGGGUCCAGAAUUUGUUGGAAUGUUUCGUCAUUGCUUAUAGUGUACAUCCUUUAAAUAAGAUUCUUCCUGCAUGUGGUUCAUUUUGAAUUAUGGUUAACAUUUGUGAAUUACCAGUUUUUAGCUAACGAGGAAUUUCAGUUUCCAGGUGUAUUAUAUGGAUGUAAAGCUACAGUUUAAUUUUUCCAGACAGGUUUGUCCGAAAUGUGAAUAAUAAUAAAAAAACAUGCCAUGUUUUCCCACUA